AUGUCCACCCCUACAACGACAGAUAUCCCCACCCGCCGCGAAGAAGACUACGCGCGCUUCAAAAACUACGCCGCCUACACCUUCCUCGUCGCAUCCCCGAUCCUGAUCGCGCUGCCGCCCCGGAAACUCGACCACCUGACUGUGCUACUGGGCACUGCCUUCGCCUUCUCCGCGAACCAUGUCACGCACGAGCGCACGGGCCGCAGCAUCGUCGACCGCGUGCAUUCGAAGAUCUCUUCCGGGCGGACGAUUGUCCCGUCCGGCUUGCCGAGUGAGCGGGCGCUGGAGAUCCAGGCGCGGAUGCGCGCGGCGCGGGAGAAGCAAUUGCGGGAGGGGGGGCUGACGACGGAGGAGAUUGAGAAGUUGAGGGCGCGCGAGAUGCAGGAUAAGGGUGUUAUGGAGAGGGUGUGGAUGGGUGGCGAGG